UCACGCUGCGCAUGCGCUUUUGUACCAUAGCGACAUGAAUAGUUUUCAGUAGCAACCGUAACUGUGCGCGGAAUAAGUCGUUUUAAAAGAGGGAGUCAUGUCCUUUCUGCUGGACGAGACAGCUGCAGAUGUCCCAGUCAGAGACAUCAUGGUCGGCCUGAGCCGACUCACUGCUGCUCCACCAGACUCUUCAGUGUUUCAGCACAAUCGGGCUCGACAGGACAUCUCGCAGGUGUCCAGGGAGGAGCUGGAGGACCGGUUCCUGCGUGUCAGUGAAGAGACGCUGCAGCUCAAACAGCAUAUUCAUCGACAGGAUGACAAGAUCAAGAAGCUGGGAACGAAGCUGAUGCGUCUGGUGAAGGACCGCGGCCGGAUGGAGCAGCUGGUGGCGGGGGGAGCGCCGCCAGCCUCCAAGGUCAGGGACGUGGAGAUGGAGGAGAUGAUGGAGGAGCUCCAGGAGAAGGUCCGAGCUCUGCAGGCAGAGAACGAGGGGCUGAAACAGCGCCUCCUGCUGGCCAAGCAGCAGCUGAUCAACUCCCAAAGCCGGAGGCCAUCGCCGUACGGACACAUCCAGUCCCGGGUCAACUCCGGGAUGAAGAAGCUCCGGGACGACGCCUUGUCUCUGUCUCCAGCGCGACCCAGAAGUAUGAGAAGCUUGGAUGGAGGUGGGAAACCUCCGCCCGGCCAGCUGCCGCGGUACGGACACAGCCUGCUGGAGGAGGCCAGGGCCGAGAUCCGCAACCUGGAGAACAUGAUCGAGUCCCAGAGGAACCAGAUGGAGGAGCUGGAAGGAGCCUCAGAGCGGCUGAAAGAGGAGCUGAGGAGGAAGGAGGCUGAGUAUGAGGAGGCACUCCUGGAGGUCCGAGAGCAGCAGACCUCCACCCUCAGGUCGCAGGUCAACAACAACGUGUCGAUGAUCAAACUGCAGAAGCAGCUGGCCGUCCGGUCCACCGCCGUCACGGAGCUGGAGCAGCGCUUUCUGCAGCUGCAGCAGGCCCAGCAGACCCUGAAGGUCGCUCAUGACGCAGCAAUGUCGAAGGUGGACGAGCUGUCGGCUCAGCUGAAAGAUGAGCGCCUCAAGCGUUUGGAUCUGGAGAAACAGCUGCAGACCAUGAGCAUCACCAAGUCCCAGAUGGAGCAGCUGCAGGACCGGAUCAGCGAGCUGGAUCAGGAGAAGGAGCUCCUGAGCGAGAACAACAAGAAGCUGCUGGACAGAGCCUUUGAUGUGUCUCCGCAGCAGAAAUGGCAGCUCCAGGAGCAGCACCUGAAGUUACAGAUCAGUCAGCUGGAGACGGCGCUGAAGGCCGACCUCGUCGACAAGAACAAGAUCCUGGACCAAAUCAAGGCUGAGAGGGAGGAACAUGAGAAGCUAGUAGAAGACCAUCAGAAGCUUCAGAUCCAGUAUGUGGAGCAGAAACAGCAUCUGGAGGAGCUGAAGAACCAGAUAAAGAUCUACAGCAGGGAGACGGACUACAGCGUGGCCGAGCUCACAGAGGCGCUGCUGCUCGUGAAGAAGCGUAAAUCCCAGAGGAGUGGAGACCUGGGCUUCCUGGAGGAGGAGGAGGAGGAGUCCUCCAUCAGAGAGCUCAGAGCUGCUCACGCCGAGACCAUCCAGGAGCUGGAGAAGACCCGAAACCUGCUGACUAUGGAGAGCCGGAUCAGCCAAGACUACAAGGCGGAGCUGGACGCUGCCUUACAGAAGAUAAAGAGAGACAAAGACGAGUACGAUCGAACGCUGGAACGUCAGGUUCAGCUGCUGGACGCCAGGGCGGCAAAGAUCAGCAAGUUGGAAGCUCAGCUCAGAGACGUCACCUACAGAGCCUUCAGACCGGACCUCACGGCCAGGGACGAGGCCGACCAGACUCCUCACCUGGAACCUGGAGAGAACCUGCUGGAGCUUCAUAUUGCGAGCGCCACGCUGUCUCCGCCCGCCCUGCAGGUCCUGGGUGACGCCGAACCCUCCACCUUCUGCACCUACUCCUUCUACCGGUUCGAGCUGCACUCCACCUCGGUGGUGACGGGCCACCAUCCCGAAUAUGGCUUCACCUCGCGGUACGUGGUCACCGUGGACCAGGACUUCCUGGAAUACCUGAACAGGUGCUCAGUCACCGUGGAACUGCACCAGGCCCUGGGUCUGGACUGGAGGACGCUGGCAUCAGGGCAGCUGGAGCUGCAGCAGCUGCUGGAGCAAGAGGGGAAGGUCCACGGCAGCAUGGCGCUGGUCGGCGCACAGGAGCAGGUCCAGUCCUUCGGAUCGCUGGAUUACUGGCUGAGGCUGAAGAUUCCCAUCACAGAGAAAAUCCGACUGCACCCAGAGCUGACCGACCAGAACCAGCUCUUCAUCACCGUCCAGCGCUGCACAGAACUGGGGUCCAGGUGCUCCCAGCAGCCAAGUCCGUACGUGGUCUACAAGUUCUUCAGCUUCCCCGACCAUCCCACCACCACCGUCCAGGACCACCACAACCCUACCUUCCAUGACCUGAGGUCCUACCCGGUCCUGAUGGAUGCAGAUCUGGACCGGUACCUGAAGUCAGAGGUGCUUCAGUUCUAUGUGUUUGACUACAAAGAGAUGGACACGUACCUGGGCAAGACCCAAGUCCCUCUGCUGCCUCUGGCCCACAACCAGGUGGUCUCAGGUGUUUUCCCAUUGGCUGAUCCCUCUGGACUUCCCGCCGGACACAUAGAAGUGACACUGAGGUGGAAGUUCACCUACCUCUGUCCACCGGGCUCCAUCAUGGCUGCUGAGGAGACUGGAUUCACAUCAGGGGAGAAAUCUGUGGAGGAAGCAGCUGAUCUGACGCCGCAACGCCAGCUAGACAGAGAGCGCCAAGACGCCGCCGCUAACUCUCCUACUUCUACGGCUCCGCUGCCCAAACUCAGAGGGCAGAAAAGACGAGACAAGGACACCAGACGAGUUACGUUCAUAGAGUCCACAUCACCUGACCACCAGCUUGAUGAGCAGAUCUCUGCAGAGAGAAGAACCACGCUCCCACCUGUACAGGUGCUGCCAAAAGCUCCCACAGAGGAAGAGGAUGAUGAGGAAGAGUCUCAUGUCUCUGAAGGCCAGCUGGUCCCUCAGUCCUUCUCUGAUGACUCGGACAUCUCGGAAGAAAUCACUGCAGAUGUGGAGGAGGCUCCUGCAGACUAUCAGAGAGAAUCGGCUCAGUCUGACAGCGAUGACUGCAUCGUUCAGGGGCCGGCCGCAGGGAGGAAGCCCUCAGAUCGUGUCCGGGUGGAGGUGGUCUCCCUGAGCCUGACGCCACUGUCCCGCCUGGCGUUGGACGACAGCGUGGUGCGUCUGUUUGUGGAGUACUCCUUCCUGGAUCUGCCCACCGAGGAAACCCCCCUGUCCCUGCCCAAACCCCCCCAGGGUCGGAGCAUCAACUACAACUACAGCAAAGUGAUUCCUGUGGACGCUGAGGAGAACGCUGCGAGGCGCCGGCUGCUGAAGGAGGUCCUGGAGGGUCGAAACCCUCACAUGGAGAGGAUCCGGUUCACGGUGGUGAGCGAGCCGCCAGAGGAAGAGGAGCAGGAGAGGGAGUGUGAAGAUGUGGGCGUGGCAUUCCUGAGGAUCCCUGAAAUCCUGGAGAAACAACAAGACCUGAUGGAGGCCAGACUGAGCGUGUUAGACGUGGAUGACAGCAGCAAGGUGCUCGGCAGUCUCACUGUAACCUUGGAAGGACUGGAGGCUCUAAGGGCCAUCAUGGAGGAGAGGGACUGCAAAUGAAGCUGCAUCAUUGACCCGGAAACAUCCAAACUGGUGCCACUCGGCUCCUGAUGGGCUCACGCAGAUGUUUAAUGUCUCUAAGUUCACCAUCAGGACCAGCAAGAGUCAGACUGCAGGCUGUGGAGGUUCUGAAGGUCCAAACUGGAGCUGUUCUGAAGUUUUCACAAGAACAAACAUUAAAGUGGUUGAAAGUGUCAACAAGAAGUUUUUGUGUGUAAAAAUGUUCCUCAGAACCGCCAUGAUGUAUCCAAACAGCAACUACAGGAGAUGAAACCUUCAGCUGUAAAUGAACAACAGAACCGGGCUGCACCGACCCACGCCUCACCUACC